AUGUUGAGGCUGUCGAUUCAAGCUGAGGGGUAUCGCAUUGCUUACCCAUAUUGGAUCGAGCAAGUGAACUCGGGCGAGCCACCCAAUGAAUUAGUGAGACAGCAAUUGAGGUCAGUCCAAAAACCUCAAGCGCCGAAAGCUGUGCAUACGAGAAACCAUAGAGAAUUGAUGGAGAAGAGGUGGGAGAACGAGGGCCCUCUAGGGCCAGACGGGCAGCUACAUUCCAGUGUUUUAUUUCUUUUCGUUGCGGGAUGGAGUAUGGGGCAUGACGUGAUGAGCGAGCUACGGUCAUGUCAGGACCAUCUGGCUUAG